AUGGUCUACAUCUCGUCUUGGCAGGAAUACCAAGAGGCAGCAGAGGCUCUCUAUGAAAAGUCGCCCAACACCACGAGAUAUUGUGUGAAGUGGAGGCAAGGGGCGGAUGGGGCAGGGAAGCUGGUUUUGAAGAUCACGGACAACACGACAUGUCUGAAGUUCAAGACGCACUCAUCUGUGUUUCUGAAUCGCUUCGACGCGCUCAACCUCUCCCUGAUGCAGAAGAUGCAAAAUAGACGACCGACGCAGGCGUCGACCGUGCCCUCUGCCGCACGGCAAGACACCCCC